AUGACCACGCCCGCAGCGCCUCCCACGCGCUAUUGCGUGUGCCAACAGACCGACGGCGCGGGGAUCAUGAUCGAGUGCAGUCGCGGCACCAGCGGCUGCAAUGGCUGGGUCCAUCCCUCGUGCUGCGGCCUCGUGCUCACGCGAGAGGAGCUCGAGGCCCUCAGCGCGUACAUUUGUCCGCUGUGCGAGACGCCGGACGACGACUUUACCGCGUCCACGGCGUGCAACACGCGGCUGGCGAACCACGAGGCCACGCGGCAGCGCCAGCUGAAGGAGCCGAGCAGCUUCAGUGUCGCUGAGGCGACUCGGACGGUCAAGAUGUCGAAGCCGAAGCAGACGAGGCUGAAGAAGACGAAGAAGACAAAGGCGAAGGACCCGUGGGUGUGUGAGGCGUGCCAGCACCCGAAUCGAGACCAUCGCACGCGGGAAUGUGAAGUGUGCCACGCCAAGCGCAUCAGAAACAAGCCGCUGACGACGACGACGACCACGAUGAAGCAGGUGCUGGAUGACCACGAGGUGGCGCAGCAGCUGCUGCUUGUGCAGGACGAUCGACGGCAAAGUCGACGGGCAGUGAACAAGAAGCGAAAGUCGUACCACGUGCCCAACUCGGACGACGACUUGGACAGCUCGGAAAGUGAUGACGAGAAGACGAGAGGGGCGAAGACGCACAAGAAAAAGCACAAGAAGAAGCGCACGAGACGAGACGAGGAGAGCGAGUCGGACGAAGCCGAAGUGGAGCUCGAUCCUGGAAAAUUGAAGACGGGCCGUGAGAGCAGCAAAAAGACACGGGAGCAGCGCGCUGUUGUGGCGAGUAUGGUGAUUGACAAGAUUAUGGGUGUGCGACGUCGGGAAAAAGUGGCGCCCGGACUUGCUCGAACGACAGACUCGGCCAGUACGAAUUUCAAUCAUGCUGGGCGGUCGCUCUUGGCGACUGCAACGGAUACCGAGUAUUUGAUCAAGUGGAAAGGCUUUGCGUACAUGCACUCGUCGUGGGAGACGCCGGCAGUGCUGCUGGAAAUGGACCCACCGACCAACAAACAGAAGAUCAAGAGGUUCCAUGAAAAAGAACAACAGCGACUGCAGCACCCGCAUCGUCAACUACAACACGCCGGCGAGGGUGUGCUUGCGGUGGAUGAGCUGGAAUACUAUAAUCCUGAGUACUUAGAAAUCCACCGGAUCAUUGCUCAUCGGCAGGAUCCGCCGAUGCUUCCCGAUGCUAAUUUUCCGGAUGCACCCGUUGAUGACGGCAUGCGCUACUACAUCAAAUGGCGUAUCUUGUCAUACGCGGAAGCUACGUGGGAGCGUGCAUGCGACAUUAAGGACGAUGCCGCGCUUAUCAAAUACAAGGCGUCUAUUGUUGUUCCUGACGAGGAGGUGUGGAAGCCACGAUCUCGACCAAGUAUUCGUGAAUAUCGAAAGCUGGACGAAUCGCCCAGGUUUGGUGAAGACGAGUCGCUUUCGCUCCGUGCGUAUCAGCUAGAAGGGUUGAAUUGGCUGCUGUGGAAUUGGUAUAACGAGCGACCAAGCAUCUUGGCGGACGAAAUGGGGCUCGGUAAGACCAUUCAGACCCUCGCGUUUUUGAACCUCCUUCGCGAUGACACUAAAAUCAAGAUUCGCGGUCCAUUUUUGAUCGUGGCGCCUCUGUCGCUGAUUGUGCAGUGGCAAAAUGAGUGCGAAAUAUGGACUACGAUGAACUGCGUUGUGUACCACGGUAACACCGCAUCCCGUGAAAUCAUUCGCGAUUACGAGUUUUAUUACUUAGAUGACAAGCUUCGUCCUGACAAGAAGAAGCCUUACCGCUUCAACAUUCUUGUGACAACAUACGAAGUAGCGAUAAAAGACAUUGGUGUAUUGUCAAAGAUCCACUGGCGCUGCCUCGUAGUUGAUGAAGCUCACCGGCUAAAAAACCAGUCCUCGCGGCUUGUCGAGCAAAUGCGUUCCUUGUGCCGUGACCACUGUGUGCUUCUUACGGGCACUCCUCUCCAGAAUAAGACAGAAGAAUUGUGGGCGUUGCUGAACUUUUUGGACGCGCGGUCCUUCCCAAGCGUUGCUGACUUUCUCGAUAAAUUUGGUGACCUUCAUCAGGCCCAACAAGUGGCUGACCUGCACAAGAUGUUGAAGCCAUAUCUCCUUCGUCGAGUGAAGGAGGAUGUUGAGAAGUCGUUGCCUCCUAAGGAGGAAACUAUUGUUGAAGUGGAACUCACCCCGGUUCAAAAGCAGUGGUACCGUGCAAUCUACGAGAAAAACACGGCAUUUCUAAACCGCGGCGGAAACCCGCGCAAUGUGCCGAAUUUAAUGAACGUCAUGAUGGAGCUCCGUAAGUGCUGCAAUCACCCAUACUUGAAUAACGGCGUGGAGGAAAUUUUGAUCGAGGGGUUGACAACCGACGCACAACGCCAUGACAUGAUGGUAAAAUGUUGCGGCAAGAUGGUGUUGAUCGACAAGUUGCUACCGCGAUUGAGCGACGGCGGUCAUAAAGUGCUUAUUUUUAGCCAAAUGGUCCGCGUGCUGGACAUUAUUGAGGAUUAUUUGCGCUACUGCGGGUACCUUUACGAGAGGUUAGAUGGUAACAUUCGUGGCAACGAUCGUCAAUCUGCUGUGGAUCGGUUUGUCAAACCCGAAUACAAGCGGUUUGUGAUGCUGCUGUCGACGAAGGCUGGUGGUUUGGGACUGAACUUGACAGCUGCGGACACGGUCAUUAUAUUUGAUAGCGAUUGGAACCCCCAGAAUGACCUACAAGCUCAAGCUCGUGCGCAUCGUAUAGGCCAGACACAUUCGGUGAAAAUUUAUCGCCUGAUUACCCGUAAAACAUACGAGAUGCAUAUGUUUCACAAAGCAUCCUUGAAGCUAGGACUGGACAAGGCUGUCCUUACGCACAUGCGUCGUGAAAACAUGGAAGAGGGUGGAAAGAAACGAAACAAGGGCACUAAGGCGCAAGAAACUAAGGAGAUCGACGAUUUGUUGAAACGUGGGGCAUAUGAUGUGUUCCGCGACGACGAUACUGCAGGUGAACAGUUUUGUGCUCUAGGCAUUGAUCAAAUCUUGCAGCGCUCGUCGCAAAUUGUGCAGUACUCUGAGCAGGCGCAAUCGAGUUUCUCAAAAGCAAGUUUUGUAUCUGCUACUACAUCGGACGAUGUGGACCUCGACGAUCCCGAUUUCUGGAAGAAGGCUGUAGGUUUGGUGGAGCCAGACCCAGUGGACACUGAAAUUCUUUUGCCGCAUCAGCGAAAACGGACUCGCGUUGCGCGCUUUGGAGAUGGCGGCAGUUUCUCUGACGGCAGUGCAUCAGAUGAGGAGUUGGAGCACGACAAGCAAGAGAAAGGAAAAGAAGAACGCGAUCGGCUCGAAGAAAAGAGCGCACCACGAGAGUGGACGCAAAACGGGCGCGAUCGCUUGCAGCGUGCGCUGAUGCAUUACGGCUUCGGUCGUUGGGAAGUUGUUCGAAGCCAGAGCGGCGGUAGUCGUUCGGUGAAGGAGGUGGAACACUUUGCACGUGGGUUUAUUUAUGCAUCAGGCCUGGCUUGUGAUGAGCGCAAGGAUGAUUCUACAUUUGUGAAGGCGUCAAUUCACGCUGCGAUGUGCGCUCAAAAGAAGAAUUUAAUCGAUGAAGAAGACUUGUCAGCCGUUUUAAAGGAAGAGGACUUUGUGCUGAAAUUGAAGCAGGGUGGUGGUCGGCGUGUGCUAGUUCGACUAGACAUGCUUCAAAGACUUCAGCAGCUGGUUGCAUCGGCUUGCGAUGUGUGCGAUAAGAUAUAUAAGGGUACUGAGGAAAGUUUCAAGCCAUCGCCGACUGCCAGCAUUGAUGAGCGUGCUAAAUAUUACGGUGUGGAUAAGCUAGUACCACACAUCGAGUUAGUCGACGUAGGAGAGCGACCAGCAUGGACACAAAUUACGCCAUGGUGGAAUGCGAACGCCGAUCAAAACUUGCUGAUGGGCGUUUUUCUUCAUGGAUAUGGCCGUUGUGCCCAAAUUUUAGCAGACCCGCGACUGUGUUUUGCACAAUUAGAGAAAGCUGCUUACGAUCAAAUUGAAGCAAACAAUGGGAGCAACUUUGAUCCGACAAGAGUUGUUCGGUUAACCAUGAAUCCGAUUAAAAAGGAGAGCAUGGCAGCUGGAGAAGGAGUUGACGACGUAGAUAUGAGCGAUGUUGGUUCGGAGAGGGCAACAAGCUCUGUUGUUGAUCACGGUGCCUCCAGGACCAAUGACAUUGGUACGCAAGUGAAGACCGAAGCUGGCAUGGCUUUUGCUUCUGCUGGUGAAAGCAGCAUGGCAACAUCAGCUGCAUACUCAUUCAAGCAGCCUGAGGUGCAGCAUAUGAACCGCUUGCUGAGUUGGCUGUUGUCUGCCGAGGAGACGAAGCGUCGCCACGAAAAGGACAGAUACAAAAGGGAGCGUGCGUCUAUUGAGCAAAGGCGGCAAGCUACUCAGGAUAUGCGAGCGCGCUCUCUGGCUUUGCGUCGGUUGGAGCUGAAGGCCAUGCAUCUUGCACAGGUGGACAUUCUACGGCACAUGACAGUUCUGCACAAUUCUCGUCAGCUUCCGGAUGCCACGUUUGCCUCUGCUCCACAACAUCGCCUGAAAAGUACUGACUGGACGAAAGAGGAGCGUCGCUCCUUUGCGUACAUGAUGACACUUCAUGGCGCACCGCGGAUUCUGGCAAAACGUGCCGUCGUUGCACCGGAUGGUAAACCAACCCCAUCGAUGUUUCCUUUCAUGACGGAGCAUGCGCGCGGGUUUUCAUGGGAGACGGAUAGUAUUUCUUGGCGCAAUAUCGUGGAGUGGGGUAAUUUGAACAAGACUGCCACACUUGCACGAACCUUUUACGAGACCAAAUUUGCCCCGAAGUGCCGUGAAGUAGCACGUAUGCGAGCAGACCCGCUUGGCUCAGACCAGCGUGCGGUGGCGUUGGGCGAUCUCAUUGGUAUUGAAUUUGUGGAUGCUUACGAGGGCGUGCUGGCGCAUGGACUGAAGGCUCGCAACACUGCUUGGGUUACGAUGCGGCGCACCCAGCUACUUGAAGACGUGCUAGACAUACUGUCGAAUCGACGAGACGCACUAGAAAACGUUCUUCGAUCCGGAAAGCAGGGUCUAGUGGAGAGUAUGCCGGUUUGGUGGUGUCCAUGGAUUCACGACCUGGGCGUCUUUUACGGCAUGGCUCGCUACGGUAUAUACGGCUGGGAGCGCAUAAUGCUGGAUCGGCAGUUGCCGUUUCACCGUCAGGCACGAGAGCACUAUAUUCGUACGAUAUUUUUGGAGGGCACGACUACCUUUUGUCCUCUGUACCGCCAUCACUUCGACACGAUUUCGCAAAUGAACGACUGGUUUGUACGUGUCGUGAACGAGUUUCCGUCUUUUUCAGUGCUGGAGCGAAAGGUGGAGAUGAUUUGUGCGGUUGUAUUAGAAGAACAGGGUAUCAGCACUGAACGCUACAUGGAGCCCGAAGAUCGGCGUGAAUUCAGUCUGUCGCCACCAGGUAAUUGUUUCGAAGAGCUGAUAAUGGCUCGAGUAAAGCAGGAAGAGGAGUUGCUCCCCAGUAUCGAGUCCAUCUCUACGAACGAGUCGCCGGUAGGGUCAGGAGUCGGUGGUCCCUCAGACACUCUAGCAGUAUUUUUGCGUGAGUCGAAAAGUCGUCGUGAUGUUUGCUUAGGCGCAUCUGAAGCAUCAAACGCCAUUGGCUCCGACGCGUUCGUCCAUGUAGCUACGACCGACGAAGCGUUUGCGCCUGCAAUCAAAGACCAACACGAUCAACAGGCAGGUGGAGAUGAAGAGCAGAAACAGGUAGCGUCAUCGCAGAUUCCCAUUCAAAUGCUGGUUUCGUAG